AAAAGCGUGUUUUCGUACUUAACGCUACUUGGACUAACGUUACUCUUCUGGGGGCUUAGUUUGUUAAUGUCACAAGGUGUUUCAGCAGUAAGAAUUUUGUUGCUUGGGGAACCUCGUGUUGGCAAAACAACCCUCAUUCUUUCAUUAGUAAGCGAGGAAUUUUCGCCUAAGGUACCUGCACAUGCAGAAGAGAUUACCAUUCCUGAGGAUGUAACGCCUGAACAUAUCCCUACACAGAUUGUAGAUUAUUCUGCACAAACUCAAUCCCAUGAACAUUUAUGUGCAGAGAUUAAACGGGCGAAUGUAAUCUGUUUAGUACAUGCAUUAGAUGAUGAAAAUUCUUUUAAACAGAUAUCAUCCUAUUGGUUACCUUUAAUUCGACAUGUCAGCACUGAUGCUGAUACACAUAUUCCCAUUGUAAUUGUUGGUAAUAAAUUAGACAUAAAUCAUGAAAGUAAAUUAAAUAAAAUGCUCCCGUUAAUGUCUGAAUACUGUGAAGUGGAAACAUGCAUUGAGUGUUCAGCUAAAACUAUGUUAAAUUUAAGUGAAACAUUUUGGUUUGCUCAAAAAGCUGUUCUUUAUCCGACUGCUCCUUUGUAUAAUGCUGAAAAGAAAGAACUUACACCAGAGUGUAUACGUGCUUUAACAAGAAUAUUUCGAAUAUGUGAUACGGACAAUGAUGGUUAUUUAUCCGACCGUGAAUUGGAAGCGUUUCAGACACGUUGCUUCUCUAUUCCAUUAACAGCACAAUCAUUACAUGAUGUAAAACAAUUGGUUAAACAAUCAUGUCCCGGUGGUGUUACUGUGAAUGGAUUAACUCAAAAAGGAUUUCUUUUCCUGCAUUUAAUGUUUAUACAAAAAGGACGUCAUGAGACUACAUGGACUGUACUACGUAGAUUUGGCUAUAGUAAUCACAUGAGAUUAUCUGAACAAUUUAUCUAUCCAAAAUUUUCCAUUGCUUCCGGAUGCAGUACAGAAAUAUCACCUGUAGGGAUACAGUUUUUAAACACAUUAUUUAAUAAAUAUGACUUGGAUAGAGAUGGAUGCUUGUCUACAGCAGAAUUAAGUGAAUUACUUGCUACUUGUCCAGAAGAUCAAUUAAACCAUGUAACUGAUAUGAGUUUAUAUGUAGCAACAAAUUCUAUGGGUUGGGCUACACGUCAAGGAUUUAUGGCAUUUUGGAUGCUGACAGCUUAUCUCGAACCAAAUCGACUGCUUGAAUAUUUCGCUUAUUUAGGCUUCACGUAUUAUGAGUCUGGAUCAUUAUGGCCAUCCGUUGUAAAUGGUGAUUAUAAUCAUUAUGAUAGCGUUAUGCCAACUGGAAAUAAACAAACAAAUACAAAUAUGUCAUCAUUAACAUCGUCAUCAGUAAUACACAAGACGUCUGGUUUAACUGGAUCACAACUACUUGCUUCACAUCGUUCUGACUUAAGUAAAACAUCAGGUAGUAUGACUGUUGCAAAUGAAGCAUUAUUAAGAGCAAUUAUAAUUACUAAUGAUAGACGUAUAGAUGCUAUACGUCGUUCAACACAGCGUACUGUAUUCUAUUGUCGGGUUUAUGGAGCUCGUAAAGUGGGAAAAACAUGUUUAAUGCAAGGCCUACUUGGCCGUAGUUUAUGCGGUUCUGGUGGUACCGGUAUCGGUGGUAUAACUGGCCGUACAUCAAAUUGGGUAGCUGCAUCAGGUGUUCCUGUCUAUGGUCAGUCAAGAACUUUAUUAAUGCAUGAGAUCAGUGCUAGUGCGGGUGAACAAAUGUCAGCCAAUGAAGCAUUAGCAGUAGAUGUUGCCUGUUUGGUGUAUGAUGUUUCAGAUGCAGAGUCAUUUCGUUAUGUAGCAAAUAUAUUCCUUAAUUUUUAUCGUGGGACCCGAGUACCAUGUCUUUUUGUUGCUGCCAAAUCUGACCAAUCACAUGUCAUUCAAAAUUAUCAAAUUGAUCCUAGUGAAAUGAUAACUAAAUAUCACUUACCACCAAUUGAAUCAUUUUCUAGUGUUUAUUUAUUACCAAAACGUAAAAAUUACUCACCACUAAAUAAUUCAUUCAAUCAUCUACCUGAUGCUACUACUGCUGCAACUACUAAUACUAGUAGUGGUAAUGAACCUGAUGGUACUAAUACUGCUACACUGUCGACACGAAGACGUGCUGGUUCAGCCGAUCCUAUUUCUAGAUCUUCAAUCACUGGUAAUACAUUAACAAAUAAUUUCAAUCGAUCACUGCUUAAUUCACAUGACUCAACGUCGUUAGAAAAUUCAUUGAAUGGUGUUUGUGAUAGUUCACAUUUGGUUACGAAUGGAUCACGUAGCAGACAUCAUUCACGUUCUGAUUUAUAUAAUAGUACUAAUCGUAAUUUAAACAGUCAGACUGAACCAGAUUUUUGUUCUGUAUACAUAUUGUUGUGUACAAUGGCAAAUUAUCCGCAUUACCGUGGAUUUGAAUUAGCGCAAACGGAUCAUGCGUGGAAAUGGACAUUAGCAGCGACUGUCUUAGCAGGAUUUGGAUUUUUCGCGUUUCAAAUGGCGAAAACCCACAUGUAGUAUAUACAUAUUCACACACAUUUCUUUCCCCUGUAUUAUAUUAUUAUCUUCGAAGUGGUCUCAACCAGUUGUCUGCACGCUUUUCCACACUUUCUGAUGACGACUCAUUACAACAUUGCUACAUAUUUAGCCGGACAAAUUCCAGGAAGUAAUAAAUUGUUUAGAAGAUUAUUGUUCACAGUAAUUGUAAUAACUAUCGUCACUUAUAAACCACAAUCCUUAAAGUAUAUAAAUAUACAUAACCCAAUAGUCAUCGGGGUUUUCCAAAA